AUGACCGACAGUAUGGUUUCUCCCUCCAAUGCAGCUACAUUAGCGAAAAGAUAUGGCCUGUUGGAACACCAAACCGAACAUCGCCUGAAAAUCCUCAGAAGUUUCGACAUCCCUCCUACCGGCAAGAUCCUGGAGAUCGGUUGCGGUCAAGGCGACAUGACCGCUGUCCUUGCAUCUACUUUACUGGAUGGUCAAGUCGAUGCCAUAGACCCGGCACCUCUGGACUAUGGCAGCCCGGAAACUCUCGGUCAGGCACAAGCAAGGCUCUCAUCUCUUGACAUUGGUACUCGAAUCGCGUUUCAUCAAAGCAAUCCUGUUUCCUGGUUGGAAAGAAAAGAGCAGGGUGCUUAUGAUGCGGCGAUUCUGUGCCAUUGUUUGUGGUACUUCGCCUCGAUAGAUGAAGUGAGGCGAGUGCUUGAAGCUGCAAGAGGAAAGGCGAAACGCUUGUGCACUGCGGAAUGGGCUCUGCAAGCUGCAGGAAUGGAAGGUCAAACUCAUGUUUUGACUGCUUUGGCGAGAGGGACGUGUGAAAGCCAUAUUCCGGACAGUACGCAGAACAUCAGGACGCCGCUUCAUUCAGCGCAGAUCAAGAGAGUAGCAGAGGAGGCGGGCUGGACGUUGGUUCGAGAAGAGACAUGGGCGCCUGGUCCGGAAUUAGAAGAUGCGAAGUGGGAAGUUGGCAUGAUUUUGCGGGACGAUGGACGAAAGUUCUUGGAAAGGGCGAGAGGUAAUAUUGAAGAGGAAAGGGUGCAUGUUUUGUUGGAAAGCAUGCUACACGCCGUCAAGAAUGCCAAGACGAAGGAAGAAGAAGAGUCUCGGGGUCUGAGCUGCAUGGAUGUUUGGACGGGUGUCUUCGAAUAG